AUGUGGGGGCGGCAGCCACCAGCUCAACAUAACUUCGGUCACGAACAUACUUGCACCGUUGGGGUACUCGGAAGGCGUCUUCAGAUCGCACGUGGGCAAAACCCGCAGCAAGUACGUUCAGAAGAACAUGAUCGAACUCGUCAACGGCUUCCUCCAGGAGCACGGUGGGAAAAAGCCGGAGAAUCUGGAGGAGGUGGCCAGCAAGGUGGGUGCAGCCAUUGA